AGUUUCCUGAAACUUGGGGAACUGACCGGUGCUAUGGAGGUGACUUUGAGCAGCAGAUCAGCAGCCUGUGCGGCACCUUAUCAAAGGCCUUCUGGAAGUCCAGAUAGAUAACAUCCAUUGGCUCUCCUUGGUCGAACCUGCUCUUUACCUCCUCAAAGAAUUCUAACAGAUUUGUCAGGUGUUUUACAGAAGGAUUGCAUGAUAUUAACAGAAAGGAUAGACACCGCAGAUAGAUCCUCAGCAUAUCCCAGAAACAACUGCAAAACUGUGGGAAGACAUCCAGUCCCUUCACAGCAUUGCUCAGAGAAAGUUGAGCAGUGAAACCAUCAUCUGGAGAUCAGUCAGGUCAGGGGAGCUUUGACAUAUCAUCAGAUCUCAAACUGGUCAGUGGUGUGGAGCCGUCCAUCAGAACCAAUCUUUCUGAAGGUUCGGCUGUGGAUGCUCGUUCAGGGUGAGACCGGGAAGAAGUGUGAGUGGCUUUAAGUGUUCAAUCAUUCAUCGAGCCUCAUGAACCACUGACUCAUUCCGACUGUUUAAGUGCAAAGAGAGUUCCUCAGGCUCAGAUCUCCAAACUCACAAAGUACAUCUGUUUCACAAUUGUUAAUACGAGGGCAGCUACAUGGAACAUGAACCCUUCAAGUGUGAAAUGUGUGACAAAUCUUUUGAGGCCUCUUCAACUCUUCUGAGACAUCAACGUAAUCACACAGGGCAGAAACCCUUCAGAUGUGGCAUUUGCAAGAUGACUUUCACCCAAUCCUCUGAUCUCCUGACACACCAGAGAAUUCACACAGGGGAGAAACCAUUUAUUUGUGAAGUGUGUGACCAAUCAUUCUCCCGCUCAUCAACCCUCCGUGCACAUCAACGUGUCCACACAGGAGAGAGGCCAUUCACAUGUGAGGUGUGUGAUAAGUCAUUCUCACACUCAUCAACUCUGCGCACACAUCAGCACAUUCACACAGGGCUGAAACCAUUCACUUGCGAGGUGUGUGAGCAAUCUUUCUCACGUUCAUCAACCCUUCGAACACAUCUACGUAUUCACACUGGGGAGAAACCAUUCACAUGCGAGGUGUGUGACAAAUCGUUUUCACACUUAUCAACUCUUCGGAUCCACCAGCGCGUUCAUACAGGGGAGAAACCAUUCAUGUGUAUGGUGUGUGACAAAUCAUUCUCACACUUAUCAACCCUCUGUACACACCAACGGAUUCACACAGGGGAGAAGCCAUUCACCUGCAAGGUAUGUGACAAAUCAUUCUCAGACUUAGCAGGCCUCCAUGUUCAUCAGCGGAUUCACACAGGAGAGAAAUCAUUCACGUGUGAAGUGUGUGACAAAUCAUUCUCACAAUCAUCAAGCCUCCGCAGACAUCAACGCAUUCACACAAGGGAGAAGCUGUUCACAUCCAAUGUGUGCGACAAGUCAUUCUCAAGGUCAUGGAAUCUCCUGCUCCAAUAAAGGAUCCACAAAAGGAUUAAACCUUCAUCCAAUUUCUCAAAGCACCAGACUAUUUGCAUAGGAAAGAAACUAUUCAUGUUUGAAAUAUUUAAUGAAACAUUCAUUCAGUCAAUGUAUCUCCUGAUCCGUCACCAUACCCACAAAGAGAAGAAACUCUUAUUAUGUGAGAAUUCUGUAAUAAAGCUUUUAUGCAGUUGCUGGAGCUCCUGGAUCAUCAGCACACCAACAUAGGAGCUACCGACAGAUGUGAAGGCAGUUCAGUAAUUUUAUUGGGUUUGUGAACUAGCUCACUAAGUCUUAGCCCAAUCUGCUCUCAUAAGUGUUUACCUGCACCCAGUCUCACUGUGCAGGGUGUUCAGUGGGACUGGGACACAGAACAAGAAGCAGCUUUCACUCCCAUCAAACAACUAGUGAUGACAUCACCAGUGCUGAGGGAUGAUGAUGUAACAAUGGAGUCACCCUGCAGUGUGAUGUCAGUGAAACAGGACUUGGAGUAACCCUCAGGCAGUGAGGACAGCCCGCUGUGUUUGUAUCCAGAGGGUUUACACAAACUGAACACUGUACACAGAUUAAAAAAAGAGAGACUGGAUAUUAUCUUUGUUUGUGAGCUGCUCAACCAGCACCCGUUAAGGAGAGAGAAAAUGAUGGUAGAGUCUGACCACAAGGCAAUUCAGAGCAUCUUUCUCAAAUCACCUGCAUUUGCUUUAAAGCAGCUACAAAAUAUGCCAAUUCAUUUAGAGGCAUGUCACUGGGAAGUGAAGUACAAACAAGGGAAGCAGAUGUACAUCAGUGACAUGAUGAGAGCUACACUCUCUCUGAAGUUGAUGCUGAUGCAGUGUGUGAAAUAUUUCAGAUUUAACCAGAAGCAACAGCACAACAUGCUGUGGAAACCAGCAAUCCAGCAGAGACAUUGAAUCUGACAGAUAAUAUCACACAAAAAUAAUGCUUCAAAGGCUACAGAGAUGAAGUGAUUGCCCAAGAUGGCAGGAUAUUAUUGUCAUUACAACAACAUGGCUAAGGGAUGGAUGGGAUUGGUAGCUUAAUGUGUCAGGGUACACGUGCUUUAUGUGGGACAGGGAUGGUGGAAAGAGGGGAGAGGGAGGUUCCAUGUUUGAUUAACAUGAGUAUCACAACAGUAAUCAGAGAUGAAAUUGCAGAAGAAUCAUCCAGUGAGGCUUUAUGUGUGGAGCUAUGAAAUAAGAAGUGGAUGGUGACGUUAUUGGGGUUAUACUAUAGCCCUCAAAAAGUAUACAGGAAUUCAAGGAACAAAUAUGCAGGGAUAAUAGGGAGACUUGCAGGAGCAAAAGGUUUGUCAUAGUGGGAGAUUUUAAUUUUCUUUACAUAGAUUGGGACUGCCAUAGCAUUAAGGGCUUCGAUGGAGAGGAAUUUGUUAAGUGUUUUUCGGAAAUUUUCCUCAAACAGAAUAUGGAGAGUCCUACUCGGCAAGGGUUGAAGAAUGUGAAUCUCCAAUACCUGCAGUCCUCACUUUCUCCAAUGCAGGAAGAGGCAAAACUUGAUCUGUUCUUGGGAAAUAGAGCAGGACAGGUGACUGAGGUGACAAUAGGGGAGCACUUUGGAACCAGUGAUCAUAGUUCUACUAAUUUUAAGAUAGCUAUGGAGAUGGAAAAAAAACUGGUCCACAGGUUUAAGUUCUAAAUUGGGGCAAGGCGAAUUUGGAUGGAAUUAGACAGGAACUUGCAGGACUCUGAUUGCAGUAGUUUGUUUGCAGCAAAGAGACCUCCGGCAAGUGGGAUUCCUUUAAAAGUGAGAUAGCUAGAAUUCAAGGUCUGUAUGUUCCUGUGAGGAUGAAAGGCAAGGUUGACAGGGAUACAGAACCCUGGGUGACAAGAGAUAUUGAGGCUUUGCCAGAAAAAAGAAGGCAUAGCUCAGGUACACUUAGCUCAGGUGCAGCAUGGUGGCUCAGUGGUUAGCAUAAAAAGUUUAGUGUCAUCUGCAAACUUACUAAUCAUACCUUGGACAGGGAUGAGAAUGUCCAAGGUAUGAUUAGUAAGUUUGCAGAUGACACUAAAAUAGGCAGUAUCUUGGACAGUGAGGAAGGUUAUCAGAAAUUGCAGCAGGACUUUGAUCACCUGGGGUAGUGGACCAAGAAAUGGCAAAUGAAGUUUAAUAUAAAUAAGUGUGAGAUCUUUGGAAGGACAAAUCAAGGUUGGAGUUUCAUGGUGAAUGGUAGGGCCUGAAGGAAUGUAGUGGAACAGACGAAUCUUGGGGUUUGGGUGCAAGGUUCUCUGAAAGUGGAGUGAAAGAUAGACAGGGCAGUGAAGAAGGCUUUUGGUGCACUAGCCUUCAUCAGUCAGAGCUCUGAGUAUUGAAGCUGAGAAGUUAUGUUGUAGUUGUACAGGAUGUUGGUGAGGCCAUACUUCGAGUAUUGUAUUCAGUUUUGGUCACCUUGUCACCUUGCUCUAGGAAGGAUGUUAUUAAACUGGAAAGAGUGCAGAAACAAUUUAUAAUGAUGUUGCCAGGACUCAAGAGUCUGAGUUUUAGACAGAGGCUAGGCAAGCUAGGACUUUUUUCUCUAGAGCCCAUGAGACUGAGGGGGGAGUCUUAAAGAAGUGUAUAAGAUCAUAAGAGGCAUGGAUACACUCAGUCUUUUUUCCCAGAGUUGGGGAAUCGAGGACAAGAGGGCAUCAGCUUAAGGUUAGAGGGAAAAGAAUAAAAGGGAACCUGAGGGGCAAUGAUUUUACAGAGGUUGGUAUGCAUAUGAAAUGAAGUGGUUGAGACGGGUACAUUAACAAUAUUUAAAAGGCAUUUGGACAAAUGCAUGGAUAGGAAAAGUGGUUAGCACAGCUGCCUCACAGUGCCAGAGACCCAGGUUCAAUUCCCACCUCAGGCGACUGACUGUAUGGAGUUUGCACAUUCUCCCCGUGUUUGCAUGGGUUUCCUCUGAGUGCUCCAGUUUCCUCCCACAUUCCAAAAAUGUGCAGGUUAGGUGAAUUGGCCGUGCUAAAUUGCCCGUAGUGUUAGUGCAAGGGUAAAUGUAGGGGAAUGGGUCUGGGUGGGUGCGCUUCGGUGGGUCGGUGUGGAUUUGUUGGGCUGAAAGGCCUGUUUCCACACUAAGUAAUCUAAUCUAAUGUAAUCAUAUGGGCUUAGUGCAGGGAAAUGGGGUUAGCAUAGAUGGAUAUUUUGGUUGGCAUGGACCAGUCUGGGCCAAAGGGCUUGUCUCCAGGCCAGACUCUAUAACUCUAUGACCAUUCGCCCUAAAAAUAUGAGAAAAGAGAUGAUGAAACAUAUCCCAAACCAAGAAUCCAGGACUCGAGUCCAGUCUGAGAAAGGUCACAGAAGUGCUGUACUGGCUAAACAUGAGUAAAGAAAUGAAGGACCACAUCAGCCAGUGCAGUGCUUGUAAUGAACAUCAAACUCAAGAAGAUAAAGAGCUGCUCAUGACUCAUGACAUUUCAAACAGCUCAUUGAUGAAGGUUCGAGUAGACCUCUUCACUCUCACUGGAACUGAUUAUCAUCACAGUCAACUACAGUGAAGAAUUCAGACACUUCCGGAAUGACUGAAAAAUUCAGAACCACACAUCUUUUCCACACUAUCCCCAGUCAAAUGGAAAGGCUGAGGCAGUGGUAACAAUUGCUAAAAUAAUGAUCAAAAAGUUUAGCCAGCUACCAAUAUCAUGUCGUGGCCAGACUGUUCUUCCAACAGUACAAACUUAAUGAAGCCUCAACUUGUAACAGCCGAGAGUAACGUGGUCAAAGUAAAAUGACAGAAAUUCAAAUGUCACUUUGAUCAAGUUUCCAAAUCACUUCCAGAAGAAAUAGUCAGAAUGUAAACAUUCAACGCACUACACAGAAGUCAGCUCAUUUUGGCAACUAGAGACCUGUGUGGAGAAGUUUCACCUUGGAUGUAAAUGAUGAAAAUGAAUGGCCAGAUCUGUUGUCUCACCUGCAGAUAUUUAUGUGUCCAUCUGGAUAACUGCUCCUUCACUGUAGUAGCUGAUGAGUUAGGUUUGAUUUCACCAACCGAACAAAGAACUGAAUGCCCAUCAGUACAGUGGUCAAUCCUUUUCCAACACAUGUACAACAACAAUAUCUUCCCACGGCAACAAUGUUCCCCAGAGAGACUGAAGGAUUCAGGUUCAAAAUACAUGCAUACAAAUAGUUUAAAAAGUGCUGAUCAGAAAAACUGACUGGUGACUGCAGUUUUUAACCAAGCUCAUUUGCAAGCCUAACAUGAUCAAUUCCCUUCACAAGAAUGUGAAGCUGUUGAUGAGAAUUACACACAAAUAAAAAAUGGAAUCGUGUGGAUUCCUGCUUUAAUACAAACACAAAUGUUAUUGUGAGAUCUGAUAGGUAAAUAAGAAAAAACAGAUAAAAGAAACACUAGGCCCCAAGUCUUAAUGUCUUGUUUGAAAUGCUACCGUGAAUAAUCAGAUUGACCAACAUGACUGCUCCCUAAUGCUAGUUCUCAAGAAUAAAUUUAAGAUUGUUUUUAGGAAUUAAAUAGGCAUCAUCAUUACAGUCCAACACCGGCAUCUCCAAAUCAUCAUUACAAUAGAUUGUCCUCUUCGCUUAAUCUAGGACAGUAUUUUGGUGCUCUAUUAUUUCUUGAGUGACUAUUACCAUGCAACCUCUUAAAUACAGAAUGCCAAAAAUUUAUUAUGAGUUGUUCAACAAAACAUGAACAAUUUGUAUAUUUGUUGAAUUCAGUCAGAUUUACUUCAAAUUCAUUGUGAACCCAUUAUCCCACUCUCUUGGGGGUCAAAGUUUAGUUUAACUUAGCUUGAAGUUUGACAGAUAUCCUUACCUCCUUUUAAAAGUGCUUUGUUUGUAACAAGUAAUGUCUAAAUGAGCUGUUUUUCCUUUUUAUUUAGCUUUGCAAUUUAUGAUGUA